AUGGCAGAAACCGAGGCAACCCUCUCCAAGGUCGACUCUGCCACCGAUGCCAACAAGGAAGUCAAGGCCAAGCGCAGGCCAAGUUCUAUGGCAGCUGACUGCUACGAUAUCUUAGACCUUCAGAAAGAGGGCAAGACAAUCAACAUCGCACCCGAGACCCAGAAACUAGGGUGGAAGCUGAACAAGUCACCAUCCACGGUCGACGACCCAUCAUACCUGAGCUUGCCUUUGUGCAUACCCAAGGUCAAGAAGAUCACCCUACACUUCCCACUUGGACUUGAAGUUUCCGCACGGAACAUGAAAGGCGUCACCAUCAAGGAUGCGCUGGACGCCAUCCAUAAGCAGUUCAAGAAGAGGCAAGAUGACGAAUUCGAAAAGCCCUACCUAGCGGGUUUCGAGUGGGAUCCUGAGGAGGACUACACACGAUUCAUCGUCCAUCAGACAAACACUCCCUCCUCGUCGUUCGGCAAGGAUCAGUCUUCCAAGAAGAAGAAGAAGGCUGCUGCCGCGGCUGAGGAGUAA